GAAAAAUGUAUUAUACAUAAAAAAAAUUCGACCAAUCACAUUCAUUUUACUUUCAGUUUAUCAGUCGGUCUUCUCAGCGCGCAUGUGUAUGAGGCUUUAGAUGCAGCGAGUUCCCUCCUCUCUCGAUAUAUGCAUCUCGUAAAUCCCGUUCAUCGACGCUCCCGCGUGGACUGGCGGUUUUUCACGGUUUGAAACACAGUUCGUGGUGCAUUCGAGGGUGCAAAGGUGGCCGAAAUAUCCCGCUCAUCCCGCGCGUUAUUCCCGCGUGGACGAAAGCGAUCAGAUGCUCGGGUCGGCGACACUCCGGAGGGCCGUGCUGCUCGUCGGCCUCGUCGCGGCGUUCCGCGUCGCGACGGUCUCCGCGACGCACCGACUGAACGUGCCCCGGGUCCUGUUGCCCGUGUUCAACAACUUCGCGGUGAAUUUCACGCUGGAGGUGACGGACGGCGGCUGCUACAAAUGGUCGACCUCACGUUUGGACAUCAUACAGCUGAUUCCCAUAAACGAGAACUUUGACAGAACAUGCUCCCCCGCGAUACUGAUUCAAACCAUAACGAGAGACCUGACGAGGAACACCGCGAUCGUUUUGGCGGAGGACAUCAAUUCCGGCCACUUUCUGCGAUGCGACGUUAUAGUGGACGCAAUCUUCUCUCUGAAUCUCAUCACCACCACGCGAGAAUUGUACAUCGAGGACAUACCUGAGGCGUUCGAGGUGCGAGCGUACGACGAGCACGGGAACGAGUUUACGACUCUGGCGGGCAUAGAAUUCGUGUGGGCCAUCGGCGACGCCGACAAGCACGCGCCGUCCGACAGUACAGCCACGAGCAACGUGCUGCGCUUCAUGACUUACGAGGAGUCGCAGUACGAACGACCCGCGAGCAUAGCCGCGUUGGACAGCGCCGACAAGCGUGGCCACAUCGUCCUCAUAGAAGGCGUUAGAACCGGCACGGCUAAGGUGUCCGUCAGACUGCCGCACUCGGAGUACAAGUACGUCCCGUCCAUCGAACUGGAGCUGGUCGUCAUCGCCAAUUUGAUCAUCAUACCGCCGGAGAUAACGAUAAUGGCUCACGACAGCUUCCGAUACAAGAUCAUGCACACCCGUCAGGGUCGCCUGGAGGAGAUCAGCCUGCCUAUGAGCCAGUACUACCUGGAGGCGGAGAAUUCCGGCAUCCUGGAGAUCGACAACGACCACGAUUUCGCCUACGGGCGUAAACUGGGACGUACGAAGGUGUUCCUGCACGACAAGAAUGUCCGCGACGAGUAUCCGGUCAUUCUGCCUUCCGCCAUGGUUAACGUACACGAAGUCGCGUACAUCUCCCUCUCCGUGUUGCCAAACCGGAACUGGGGAUUGGUACUGGGCCACGCUCACGAGAUCGUCGUCGAGCUGUACGACAACAAGGAUCAUAAAUUCCACAUCGGCGAAGGCGUGGAGGUCACCAUGAAGAUAGACGAGCAGUAUCUGGAGCCGAAAGCGAUCACGCAGAACGGCACUUACGCCGUCGUGGUACCGAUCACCUGCGGAAUAACGACCGUGGAGGCGACGUUGCGCGGUAUAAUCGACGAACGCGGCAGGAGGAUCGCCUUCGAGCCGCAGCUCUCCACCCGGGCCGAGCUCACGAUACACACGCCGGUGAAGGUUCAACCUCGCGUCCUGGCCAUUCCGUGGGACGUCGUGAACAAGUCCAGAUUCGACGUGAUGUUGAAGGCGAGCGGAGGAGACGGUUCGUACGUUUGGUCCAGCAGACAGCCGUCGAUACUGGCCGUCUCGCAGAACGGCGGUGUGAAAAUUCUGUCAGCGGGCACGGCGGAUGUGGUUGUCACGAUGGCGAGAAAUCAGUACAACAGAGACACGGCGAGGAUACACGUACUGCCGCCCGUGAAGCUAAAGAUUAUCGAGUACAACAUGGAGGCGGCCGUGGGAGAGCCUAUUCACUUGCACGUCGCGCUGUUCGGGCUACUGAUCAACGGUUCCGAGGCUAAGGAGAUACCCUUCAGCGACUGCAGGGACGUCGAUUUCGAGGUGCACAUCCCGGACGUGAAUUUCGUGCGGAGUUACGACAAGAACGUGCAACCCGUUGGCGCCGCGUGCGCCGUAAUAACUGUAACCAACUAUCGCUCCGUCGGAACGUCCGACGUGACCGUUGCCUACAACGCGAACAACAACGACGUGAUCGACCAUUAUUUGACGGACAACGUCACCGUGUCGGCGUACGAGCCGCUCGCGGCGGUGCAUCCGGAGAGCAGGAAAACGUUACUCGCCACGGGAUCCUCGCGAUACGUGGUGUUCAAGGGCGGACCGUUGCCGUGGACGAACAAAUCUCAAGACUACUCGCGGGAGAUACAUCUGUCGGACGAGGAGAUCGCCGAAGUGGCGGAAUACGAGGACUCGUUGAGCGGACCGUUCGACAGGGCCGUCUUCAGGGUGAUCUGCAAGACGUUGGGCAAAACCGCGCUGACCUACACGGUGUCGAAUGUGCCGCUGUUCUCGAACUGUCGGCGCACCCACGCGUCGGAAACGAUCGAGAUUGUCUGCGGCAAGCCGCGCUACAUCUACCUGCAACCAGAAUUCAAGGGUACGCACGAUAAGAACUGCCCGAUCGGUCAGAACACGGACAAGAUAAUCGCGCACAGCGACAAGCGUCUGAAGAUCGCGGUGAUCGUCAAAGACGAGGACGGCAGGCGGUUCGACAAUAUCACGAGCUUGAACAUCGAGUGGAACCUGAAGCCGUCGGGCAGCGGCACCGUGGAAAUCCAGUCCAGCACGAUGGAAGAGACGUGGACGGACGUGAAUGUGAUACUGCCGAUGAGCCACUAUCAGAAUAUCAUUUUCAAGAAGCACCACGGCAUUCUCACGAUAUUUGCGACCGUCACCGGCUACCAGAAGCUCGUUCUCAACCGACUGAAAAUCACGCCGGAAUGGCCGCCGUUUCCCAUCGAGAACGAGAGAGGCGGAGUGGAGACUCCGCUGAUAGAGGCCUCCAUAGAGGCGACUCUGGUAAACGACACCGUCGUCAGCCCCGAUAAAUUGAUCAUUCUGAACGAUUCGAGCAUGAAGUCGUACUUGCAGGUCAGCCAAGGCUCUGGCUACUACGAAUUCGUCCUCAGCUCGAAGGACAUAGCGGAUAUCAGGUACAUGGAUACGACGAGAACGAUCAGUGUGACGCCGAGGAAGUCAGGUGUGCUACAUAUAACGCUGAUGGAUCUCUGCCUACCCUCGAAGUUGGCGGAGGUGCACGUGGAGGUUCAACAACUCGCGGCGAUCGAAGUCGACACCGUGGACAAGAUCGAGAAGGGGAAAUGCGUGACAGCCGCGCUGAGGCUUUACGACACGAACGAUCACAUCGUGAGGCUGCCGACUCUUGGCGCGCUAGAUUUCCGCGCGGAGAUCGACAACGAAUACAUCACGAUCAAGCAGUUGCCCGCCAACGAGCAAGACGUCGCGCCCUACGAGCGAAUACUGUACAAGAUCCACGGCCUGUCGGAGGGCGAGAGCCAGCUGACGUUCGUUAAGACGGGCGACCGUGAGAUACGCAGCGAGCCGAUCACCGUGCAGGUGUUCGUCCCCCUGCGUGUGCAGCCGAGGAAUCUGACGAUACUGAUCGGCACCAUUUAUCAGAUGCAGACCGUCGGCGGCCCGCCGAACGCCGAGAUCGAAUUCUCGACGGAGAGCGGCGAUGUCCUGCGCGUCGAUCGCAACGGGAUCCUCGAAGGGAAGUCGGCGGGCUUGACUGGGAUUCGCGUGCGCGCCGUCGGACUCGAUGCCAAGGGUAACAAGGUGGUCUACUCGGAGGAUCGUGCGGACAUACAUGUGCUGCAUCUCGACGGAGUGAAGAUCUCGACUCCGGUGAACAGGGUGAGAGUGGGCGCGACGUUUCCCCUCUGGGCGUUCGGUAUUCCCGAUUACCUGACGCCGCUCAUCAUCGGUUCCAUGCAGCUGCCGCUGAGUUUCGCGUGGUCGUCGAGCGAUCCGGGCCUGCUGACCUUGCACAACAUGUACGAAGGCACCGGCAUCAACAUCCGAUAUCAGAAUCAGGUGUCGCUGCGGGCUCGGGCCAUGAGCCCGGGCGUGGCGACAAUCUAUUUGAACGCCACCGUGCCCUGCAACAUGCACGGCUCCAGCUUCAGCAAGAACGACAUGAUAUACACCACGUUCGUGAAGAUCGAGAUCUUCGAGGAGCUACGCCUGACCGAUCCAUUGCCGUCGUCGGGAAGCUCGGUGUCGACGAUACUGAUGUCACCGAACUCCGUUCUGCGACUGCAGACCAAUCGCGAUAGACUCGGCACGACUACCUACAGAGUCCUGUCGAGCACGCACGGCGACGAGCCCGAGGAUCCGCGCGCGUUGACGCCCGCUGUGAGAACCGUGGCCGUGGAGAAGAACGGGAUCGUGCGAUCCGGCGAGAACUACGGUCAAACGGUUAUCUCCGUUACGAAUACGGAAGCGUACAACUUGAGGCAGUCGUUGACGGUGGUCGUCGAGGUCAAGCCCAUUCACUACAUGAUGCUUUCUCUGAAAUCCAAGCUGCGCAUACGGAACGGCGAGGAGCUGAAUAUGCUGCCGAAGGGGAUGGAGCUGGAUUACGUCGUCGAGUAUUACGACAACGUGGGAAACCGAUUCCACGCUGCCGAGACGAACGUCAAGGCCAUGCUGAAUCGCGCCGAUCUGGCCUCGUUCACCGCGGGCACGGAUAACGUCAUCGCCGCCAGAUUCCUGGAGAAUGGCGAGCUAGUCCUGAAGACCUUCAACGAGAAACACCCCAAUGGAAUGUUCGACUACGUUCACAUGAUGAUCGGCGACAUCAUAUUUCCGACGAAGACCACCCUGACGGUCGGCGAUAUAAUAUGCUUCUCCAUGCCGCUUCUCUCGUCCGACGGUGAUCCAGGAUACUGGCAGUCCUCCGCGCCCGAAAUACUGUUGGUGGAUCCCAUCACGGGCAUAGGUCGCGCCCGAAACGUCGGGCACGCCGUCAUAAAGCACAGCCUCGCGACGCACGUUCAAAGUGAAAUAGAGGUCAACGUUCUACCGGUCGCACGGGUAUCUAUAGUCCCUUUGAGAGGAAGGAACAUCACUGGCACGGAAAUCUUCAGCGUGCCGCUCGUGCUGAAGGGCAAGGACGAGGAGAUCAAGGAGAACAACGUGUUGGCGAGAGGCCUAGGCGGUUGUCGGACGUUAUCGUCGUUCGCAUUGAACACGUUUCCCUACGCGUGUAACGUUCAGUUCGUUUCAACGAGUUCGUCGAUCGGCGUGAAGGAUCUGUUCGUCGUGAAGCCACGAUUCGAUAUCGUGACAGGCUUUUAUUACUGCGACAUCAUACCGAUGAGUUUUCCGACCAUAGCGGCCAGUACAUUGGAAAGCCGUAUUGAAAUUAACGUCCAGAGUCGGGACAUCGAGUCGGCAGCUCUGGAACUCGCUUAUUUGCCAUCUGUUUACGUCGACGCCAAGGAGAUACAGUUUGUCGACGCCCUAAGCACACCUGGUGGUGUGCCAUCGAUGACGUUCGUGGUGCAUGGCUUGCCGGCGGUGUUAAAGUAUCUGACUAUUGACGUACCAGACGGUGUGGCUGUCACUUGGCAACUUGUCUCGAAAUCUACAAUGCAAUAUAGAUUGCGUUUAAUGCAUAAUCAGGAUGAGAUUCAGGGGCAAAAAGUGUUUAUUGCGAACGAUUUGACCAAGCAAAAUAUAUCUCUUCACAUACGUGUGGCGAGGUACAGUCAAUUCAUCCCCAUGUCCGGAGUACAAUGGGUGAAUUACAUAUAUUUCCACAGAUACACGCUGGGAGUGUUCGUUGUUAUUGUGAUUACAAUUUUUUACUUGUGGAAAUAUAGAAUGAUGACUGUUGAUUUAACAGUCAGGAACAGAGGUAUUUUCGCUGACAAAUCUCCGCCGAUGAUAAGGAAGCCGAUCUGUACACCGUGCACCCCUCCGACGACCACUACCCCGAGUACCGGCCCGCGAACUCCGCCGUUAAGGCCUUUCUCAGCGUUCGAGUCGUCAGUUUACGGCGAUCCGCGUAGCUUCGGCACACCGUACAUCAGACGAAGAGAUAUAUGCUAGCAGGAGGAGAGGUUACAUGCGAAAAAAGGGAGUAGUAUCUAAUGUAUAGAUCAGCUUUCUGAACUGUUGACACAAAGAUAAAAUUAGAAAUAACGUUAAACGUUAGGAAAUAACGUCCGUUUCGAUAUUAACACUAAGAAACAUUAUUUAAAUGGAGGAUGAGAAAAUUCAUGCUCAAUUUCAAUUGAAUUGAAAAGUUUUGCCAACGUAAAGCAACUGAUACAGGUGAUGACUGAUGUUUUUCCAUUGAAAAUGAUUUUCAUUCAUUACAAAUGUAUAUAAUAAUCAUUGCCGAAUGUCGUGCCUUAAAGCCAAAAUUGUCAUCCGUUUUUUAUUUUUUAUUAUUUUUUUUUAAUACAUGGAAAUAAUUCCAUUUAUUAAGGAAAACAAGCUUGGUUGUUUUGUAAAAUGUUAUAUCUUUGCUUGACGUGGCAUACGUGGUAUGAUAUGGUAUUAUGUGUAACUUUGGGACAGUGUGUAUGCGUACGUGUGCUAAGUAUGAUUAUAACAGUCUGCUGUUAACAUUGCCAUAGUACACGAUUCUCUGUGUGUGUGUGUGUGUGUACUAUUUUCAUCUUAAUAAUGAUACGAACAAUUCCUAGUCAUAUUUUCGUUUACGUAAAUAAAAUGACUGCCAAUUUGUUGUUCGAUGUACAUGAUAUAUUACAUAUUACCACAGAAAAAGGAAACCUUAUUUUUUUAUAUUUUGUGAAGCUGUGAUAUGUACACAUUUGUAGAAUAUAUGUAUAGCAUAACAAUCUCAAUAAGUUGUCUCCUAAGUUGAAUAUUGAAGCCGUUGGGGGGAGGGGGAUAGUUUAGAAUCGCUGACUUAUUAAGUGAAUAACCCGGGUAGGAUUUCUAGUGCCAAA